AUGGGAGAGGAGUGGUAUCCCGACAUCUACACCAGCUCCUUCCCAGACGGCGCAACCUUCUCCAUCAACGUCGGCAUCUGGUUCAGGCGCAUUGCGUCUCGAGCUCCCAAGGGAGUACGACGGAGCGGUGGCUGGGUGCCAGGGGUUUUUGCUCCAGUUGGAGCUCUACUUGGCCACCGUUCAUCCGACUCCCUCUGGAGAGGAGAGUAUGUGUGUAAGACUUUCGGCAGUGGAGUCGUCCAGAUGUUCAACGGAACUGUAUUCUACGUCCGCUCCACCUGUCCGUUCACGCUGACACGUUUUACUCACAACCGGGUGGACUGUGACAUCACCGUGCGUCGAGGUGAAAACGGCCUGCUGGAAUAUGUCGAGAUCAACGUCAACAAGAUCCAGACCCGGAUUCUGUACAAUGGAACCAUCUUCGUCGAGCAGAGAAUGGUGUCCCUUCCCUACGAUCACACCUAUCAACAUGUGUUCCAGUACGGUAUCAACACCAAGCUGAGGAGCACUGUUCUACCUCUGUCUGUCAUCUGGAGCAGUGCGGGUGUGGGCAUCGACUCUCUCUGGGUGAAACUGGAGCAGGAGCUUGUCCUUGGAAUGACAGGACUCUGUGGACGACCAGAUAUACCAGAUGACCGUCAGCGAUUGAUUGCAGAGAGCGUUCUGUCAGAGGACGGGUGCCAGAUCAUGGACUCCCUCCUUACUAAGAGCACGGUCUGUCAGAAGUUCAUCUCCAACUACGUUGAAUGUCUGCAGGCUAACACAAGCAAAUACAUAACUCUUUGUAAAGAGAAUAUUUACGGAUAUGAAAAAGAGCAUUAUGUAGGAUGUGCGUUCUACAAAGAAAUUGCCCAUCGGUGUCAGACCAGCUACGCUUGGAGGACCUUGACACACUGCCCUGAGUUCAGUUGCCCAGGAGAACUACACUUUGAGGAGCAGGGUGAUGCGUUUGUUCCCACCUGUUCCAACCCAGCACCUAGAACCAAUGAUCAGGACAUCACCAGCACCUGUGUCUGCCCCCAAGGACAGGUAUUGAACGAUCGAGCGGAGGGCCAUUACUGUGUAAGUGUGUCAGCCUGCCCAUGUGUGUACGCCGGGAGGAACUAUGCACCUAGGGAAGAACGCAGAACUAAAUGCCAGACCUGUGAGUGCGACAAUGGCAAGUGGAAAUGCUCUCAGAACAGCUGCCCUAGUAGGUGUGUGAUUGAAGGGCAGUUUGUGACCACGUUCGAUGGGAAACAGUAUGCCCUUCCCGGUAAAUGCACAUACAUGGCCUCUAAGGGUUUUAAUUGGACGAUAUCCAUACAUUUUUCUGAGACGACGUCCUCCAUCCAAAACGUGUUUCUUCAGAUUUACCAGAAUACCUACAGAUUCUCUCACAACAGUGUACAGUUUGAGAAAGAGGAAAUCCGAGAGCUACACCAGUCAGACAAUGCCAUGGUGUUCUGGCAGUCAUCCAUGUACGUCCAGGUAUUGACAUCCUUUGGCAUGAAGAUCCAAGUACAGAUGUCGCCAGACCUCCAGCUCUAUAUCACACUACCACAGAGUGAAGUAGGGCGGCCAGAAGGACUUUGUGGAAACUACAAUAGCGAUACCACUGAUGACUUCACCACAAGCAGUGGUAUCGUAGAAAACGCAGCGGAACCGUUUGCGCUGUCCUGGAGUGUAGGGGACUGUCCUGUUAACAUACCUAAAGUCUGCAUCAACACCGACAACGAAAUAUUUGCAGAUGAGAAGUGCCACCCCUUGAGAGACCCCGGUGGGAUUUUCGCCAAGUGCUACGAUCACGUGCCUACUGACAAUUACCACAAGGCUUGUAUCCAGAGAACGUGUACCUGUGGAACUGGGCUGCAGCAGUGUUUGUGUGUGGCCCUGGCAAAUUAUGCUAAAGCCUGUGCCAACCAGGGAAUCAUAGUGGGUGACUGGAGAAGGGCCACCAACUGCACGGUAUCGUGUGAGAACAAUCAGAGGUUUGACUACGAAAUGCAGGCGUGCAACAGCACCUGUCUCUCCCUAUCCCGGCCAGACCCCAGGUGCGGGGUGGAGGAUGCACCUGUGGAGGGCUGUGGCUGCCUGGAGGGCACUCAUCUGACCGGGGGGCUCACCUGUACCUCGAAGGCCCAGUGUCCAUGUCACCAUCAGGGAGGAGUCACACCACCAGGACCUGUUAUCAUGGAUGGACGACAGUGCAAAUGUGAGGAUGGAGAAUUGUUGUGCUCUGAAGAUUGUGGUUGCACCCAGGGGAAGGUUUGUGUGCAUUGCUCACAAUUAUCCAUAGACACAGCUCAAACAACAUGUGCCAGUCUGAGCAAACCAACAAGUGCUGUUCAGAGUUGUACAAGUGGCUGUUACUGUCCAGGGGGCCAGUUGGAAGACCAUAGGGGUGUGUGUGUCACUGUGGACAACUGCACCUGUCAGUACAGCGGCAGAGUGUUCAAAGCGGGACAGAGUGUCAAGACCAACUGUAGAACAUGCACCUGCCACCAUGCCCAGUGGAGCUGUGUAGAUGAACCAUGCCCUGGUACAUGCCUGGUGUAUGGAAACGGACACUAUCAAACCUUCGACUCUAAAUGGUACCGCUACGAUGGGAACUGUCAGUACACAUUAGUGGAGGAUGGCUGUGGUAGUGAAGCCGGCUCGUUUUCUGUCAAAGUGGAGAGUGUCCCGUGCUGUGACGAGGCUCUGACCUGUUCCCGGACCAUCGUGUUAGACCUGCUGGGUAAUGUCACUCUGACUCUGAAUGAAAUGAAGGUGACGAGACGGCUCCAAGGGGGAUGGGCUUCUCUGGAGGCUGAGCCUCUGUACUCCACCCACACUGUGGGCCUCUACAUCAUGAUCUCAGUGCCUUCGAGAGGACUAACCCUCAUCUGGGACAAACACACCAGACUUACCGUCAUACUGGAUGACCGUUGGAGGAACCGAGUGUGUGGACUUUGCGGGAACUUCGAUUCCAACGAGAUGAACGACCUGCAGAUAAGCGGGUCAUCGGUGGUGUCCAGCCCCCUCGCCUUCGGCAACAGCUGGAAGACGGCCACACCCCCCUGCUCUGACGUGACCAAUGAGGUGUUUCCGUGCCAGCGCCACUCCUACUGCUCCGCCUGGGCCGAGAGACGCUGUAUGAUCCUCACGGGAGACACCUUUAAGGACUGCCACUUGAAGGUGGACCCAGAGCCCUACUACCAGGCCUGUGUGUUGGAGUCGUGCUCUUGUGAGUUUGAGGGGAAGUUUUUGGGUUUCUGUACGGCCGUGGCGGCCUACGCUGAGGCAUGCAGUGACCAGGACGUGUGUGUACGCUGGAGAACGCCAGACAUGUGCCCGGUAUACUGCGACUACUACAAUGAGCAGGGCCACAGUAGCUGGCACUACGAUCCCUGUGGACAGAUCAAGACCUGUGGCAAAAACAACCUCUUCACUGGCAAGUUGGAAGGCUGCUACCCGAGAUGCCCAGCAGAAGCUCCAUACUAUGAUGAGAACACAAGGAGUUGCUCCACUUUGGACAACUGCACCUGUUAUUCCAACGAGACUAUGGUUAACCCUGGUACAGUUAUCAGGAAACCCACUGAGAAAUGCACUUGUGAACAGGGGCGUAUUAACUGUGGUCCUGAUCAAACCACUACCACACCUGAACCUACAACCACAGCUACACAAGCCACUACAAUGAUAACUACACCUGAACCUACAACAACUAUACUGACUACUACACCUGAAUAUACAACCACACCUACACAACCCACUACCACACCUGAACCUACAACCACAGCUACACCAUCAACUACAAUGAGAACUACACCUGAACCUACAACCACAGUUACACAAUCAACUACAAUGAUAAUUACACCUGAACCUACAACCACAGCUUCACCAUCAACUACAAUGAGAACUACACCUGAACCUACAACCACAGCUACACCAUCAACUACAAUGAGAACUACACCUGAACCUACAACCACAGCUACACCAUCAACUACAAUGAGAACUACACCUGAACCUACAACCACAGCUACACCAUCAACUACAAUGAUAAUUACACCUGAACCUACAACCACAGCUACACCAUCAACUACAAUGAUAAUUACACCUGAACCUACAACCACAGCUACACCAUCAACUACAAUGAGAUCUACACCUGAACCUACAACAACUAUACUGACUACUACACCUGAAUAUACAACCACACCUACACAACCCACUACCACACCUGAAUAUACAACCACAGCUACACCAUCAACUACAAUGAGAUCUACACCUGAACCUACAACAACUAUACUGACUACUACACCUGAAUAUACAACCACACCUACACAACCCACUACCACACCUGAACCUACAACCACAGCUACACCAUCAACUACAAUGAGAACUACACCUGAACCUGCAACCACAGUUACACCAUCAACUACAAUGAUAAUUACACCUGAACCUACAACCACAGCUUCACCAUCAACUACAAUGAUAAUUACACCUGAACCUACAACCACAGCUUCACAAUCAACUACAAUGAGAACUACACCUGAACCUACAACCACAGCUACACCAUCAACUACAAUGAUAAUUACACCUGAACCUACAACCACAGCUACACCAUCAACUACAAUGAGAACUACACCUGAACCUGCAACCACAGUUACACCAUCAACUACAAUGAUAAUUACACCUGAACCUACAACCACAGCUUCACCAUCAACUACAAUGAUAAUUACACCUGAACCUACAACCACAGCUUCACCAUCAACUACAAUGAUAAUUACACCUGAACCUACAACCACAGCUACACCAUCAACUACAAUGAUAAUUACACCUGAACCUACAACCACAGCUACACCAUCAACUACAAUGAGAUCUACACCUGAACCUACAACAACUAUACUGACUACUACACCUGAAUAUACAACCACAUCUAAACAACCCACUACCACACCUGAACCUACAACCACAGCUACACCAUCAACUACAAUGAGAUCUACACCUGAACCUACAACAACUAUACUGACUACUACACCUGAAUCUACAACCGCACCUACACAACCCACUACUACACCUGCAUCUACAACCGCACCUACACAACCCACUACUACACCUGAAUCUACAACCACACCUACACAACCCACUACUACACCUGCAUCUACAACCGCACCUACACAACCCACUACUACACCUGAAUCUACAACCACACCUACACAACCCACUACUACACCUGAAUCUACAACCGCACCUACACAACCCACUACUACACCUGCAUCUACAACCGCACCUACACAACCCACUACUACACCUGAAUCUACAACCACACCUACACAACCCACUACUACACCUGAAUCUACAACCGCACCUACACAACCCACUACUACACCUGCAUCUACAACCGCACCUACACAACCCACUACUACACCUGAAUCUACAACCACACCUACACAACCCACAACAACAAGAACCACACCUGAAUAUACAACCACACUAUUCCCAACGAUAGUUACAGGACCUACAAAUACUCAACAUAGUUCACCAGUUGUGUCCGUGUUCAGUACUACAGCCGGACGAAACACUACAGCAGAAGCGACUACAGCGUACACUGAAACGACAACUAAAUUAACAUCUACACAACCCACAACUACCUUCUCAUAUUCUACCACCAAAUAUGUUGAACCAACAUCUACAACCGAACCAACCUCUGAAGGACCACCGACUGAAGCUACAACCCUGUACACAAGUCAACCAACAACCUCCUCUACACGAUCUCCCACUACCUCUGAAUCAACAACAUCCACGCGCCCAACAACGAUGUCAACAGCAAUAUCUACAGAGCCUACAACGCGUACAAUUUGUGAGUGUAGAGACCUGAAGAGGAACCAGAUAUGGGCGUGUGGAGAGAAGUGGACAGAAGACUGCUUCAAUAAGACUUGUAAGGAUGGGAAGAUAGAGAUGACUUCGGUCACCUGUCCGAAUCCAGUUCGCCCCACCAUGUGCCCCAGGGGACAGAUGGUCAGAGUCUCAGAUGGAUGCUGUGACUACUGGAAGUGUGAUUGUCGUUGUGACGUCUAUGGCGACCCUCACUACAUCUCCUUCCAGGGUGUGACCUUUGACUUCCUGGAUAAUUGUACAUACAUCCUGGUCAAGGAGAGAACGCUGCGUCACCAUCUGACUGUUGCCGUGGACAACUACUUCUGUAUUCCCGAGUUGGACGGCUCCUGUGCCAAAGGCAUCAUCCUGCAGUACCAGAACAACACGGCCACUGUCAGCAUCGUACCGGAUGAGUACAGGGUGAAGUCUACUCUGAACCAGAAGAAUGUCGAGCCUCCCUAUGAGGAGAAUGGUAUCAGGUUUGAGACGACAGGCUAUAUGGUGUCUGUAUACAUCCCUGAGAUACGCUCACAUAUCUCUCUCACACCAUCCAACACUCUGACUGUCACCUUGGCCAUGGAGCAUUUCCUGAAUAACACCCAAGGACAAUGCGGUGUGUGCGGUGGGAGCUCUUGUGUGCGUAGAAGUGGGGAGACUGAAGCUGACAGCUGCUGUGAUAAGACCGCCUAUGACUGGGUCUAUGAGGACCCUCUGAAGCCUGAGUGUAGCGCAGCUCCCAGGGACGUCCCAUGCCAUCCUCCAGGCCCUCCUCCACCCCCCUGUCCUGGAAGCCCCCUCUGUGACCUUCUCCAUCACCCAGUUUUUGCAAAUUGCAGUAGGCGGGUGGAUCUGAGCCAGCUUGAGAGGAACUGUAGGUUUGAUUCGUGUGGGAGGAACGACAUGGCUUGUUCUCCUCUGGAGCAGGCUGUUGUGGAGUGUAAGAAAGCAGGCAUCUGUGUGAACUGGAGAGAACUCACCAAUGGGACCUGUGCUAUUGGGUGCCCAACAGGGAUGGUGUACAGAGAGUGCCAAGGUCAAUUGGAUGACUACUGUCACGGAGGAGUCCGUGUUCAAGGGAGAGUACUGGAGGAAGUUAAGGCUGGAUGUUUCUGUCUCAGAGGACAGUUCAGAGCUGAGGAGCACAAGAAGAUCUGCGUGUCGGACUGUCCCUACUGCAAGGGUCCACUGGGAGAGUACAAGCAGCUUGGGGAGACAUGGCAGUCUAACUGUCAUGUGUGUACGUGUAACAACCGAACCAAGACAGAGGAGUGUCAACCUAGCCCCCCCUCCCCCGCACCUUCCUGCAGUCAGAACUCAGUCCCGGUCACCGGCUGCUGUGGCGAACAGACCUGUGUCGAGAAGACAUGUAACUAUAAUGGAAGGACCUACAAAGUGGGAGACAGAUGGACAGACCUUGCCCUGCCCUGUGAGUCCUAUAGCUGUACCAGAGAAGGCACUCAGACAGUGAGAAGGGUGUGUCCCCAUCAGAACUGCUCAGAGGAGGACAGAGUAUGGGACGAACAACAUUGCUGCUACACAUGUAACCAGACCUGUGCUACCAGGGUUUCUAGUGUGAACAUCACUGUAGACAACUGCACAGCAACACUACAGCUGCCCACGUGUCAAGGCCAGUGUGGGACAGAGACAAGAUGGGUUGUUGCUCGCAGUAUUCUCCAACUGGAACAGAAGUGGGAGUGUUGCAGAGUGAGGAGUCACGAGAGGAAGUCAGUGAAUCUGACCUGUACUGGGGGGUCCGUUAUGCCACACCUGUAUGCACAUGUUACCAGCUGCGAGUGCCAUAACUGCAGUAUGUUGCAGUAAACAUCGCUUUGUGUUCUGAACGUAUAUGCACACAAACAAACAAAAAUCUAUAUUGAACUGUUAUUAAGAUGGUGAAAAUGUGCCAAAUCAAUGUUUUUUUCUAGAUUCUGCAACCUUCCUGUAAUAGUGUCUUGGUCGGUGUUUUGAGGGUAUACUGUACAGUACGUGCAGACCAACGGCUUCAUGUUCCCUUAGUAGAAUAGGUUUUUCAGCUAGUGCACAUCGGUCGAAAGGCCUUUUUCUAUAUUGCAUAUACUCUGUUCCAGUGCAGGAAGUGGACCAUUUAUAUGUAGCAUAUUGUUGAUUAUGUAUGUAUUCCAUAGACUUCACAUAGGAAAUCUUCUAAUGAUCCACCCAGCACUUUUUGCACUUUUCCAUCUAAAAGACUGCAGCUCCAAUUUGAAAGUGAUUUUGAAAUGUUUAUUUCAAGAACUGUAGCCACUUUGAUUUUGCUGAUUUUGUUUUAAAUAAAGUACUGAAGCUUCCA